AUGUCUCUAACCUCCGUCAUCGACCCGGAAAAUGCCCCAAACUAUGAGGACAUGGAGAAACAGUUCGCUGUGAGAGCGGUACAACAUAUGACUGUCUACUGGAAUAUCCUCGAAAAGCUACCCGGUUCAAAACUACGCCUGACUCGGCUGGACGACGACAUUCUUGAGCACUUCAAGCGCGAAUUUCCGGACUUCGACCCUGCUCAAGAGAUCGAUGAGGACGCCAUGAAAAGUAAAGAGGGCAAGGAGAAGUGGCGCAAUUUUGCAAUGGUCUAUGAAAAGGGCGAGAAGAAGAUCGAUGAUUACAAUUUCGGCACCAUGCUAAGGAAAAGCCCAAAAACCGAGUAUGGCGAAAAGGAAGCCAUUUUCGUAAUUCGAGCACAGUUCUACGCAAUCGAAAUUGCUAGAAACCGAGCUGGGCUCAACGACUGGAUUUAUGAAAAUGCCCAGAAGCAGCAGACGAAAUCAUGA